CAACAGUCAGUCACGUCCAGGACCCAGAGGGAGAGGAGCCAGCAGCCAGAGGGACAGACGCAGCAGCUCAUCACUGGAACACAUAUCUCUUUCAGGACUAAACACAAGCAGGGGGCCACGAGCAGUUAAACAGGGACUGUCUUCUUUUCUUUCGUACACUGACUUGGUUGUGGAAUUUAACUAGAGAUUAGGAAAUGGACUUCAUCCUGCCGCCCACACUGCCAGCUGGUGGAAUCCCAUGGGAGAAGGUUUUACCCCCUCUCAUUCCUCGGCUUAAUGGGACCUAUGGACAAUAUAAUUGGUCCCAAAAAUUACUGAUUCCAGAGACGGACAAUAACAGUUCCGCAGAGGUGAGCUGCGAUGACACUGGAUUUACAGUUCAAGUUGAUGUAAAGCACUUUAACCCAGAGGACCUAAUGGUUAAAGUGAUAGGAGACUUUGUAGAAGUUCAAGGAAAGCAUGAAGAAAGAAAGAACGAUGGUCCUGGGUUUACUACACGACAGUUUAACCGCCGCUACAGGAUCCCAAAGGGAGUGGACACCAUGGCUUUGGAGUCAGCGGUCUCUCCAGAUGGCAUCCUUAUCAUAUCUGCACCUAUGCUACAAACUGAGAACCCCGGACCUCUGACCUAGGCACAUUGAUACCAUACACUCAAAUCACUCUACCAUCUUCACCAUGUAGGACAAGAAAUUCAACAGAAGCCUUUCUGAGCGCACAAACAGAAAUAACUCCUCCUUUGGUCACAGCAACACUCGACAUGUGCCAAAACAAACAUUUGUUCUGUUCCUGGCACUGUCUUAAUAUUCCCUGCUCUCAGAGGUUUGUAUAUACUGCCCUGCUAUUACUCAUCAAACACCCAUAAUGUUUCAAGGAACCACUCUUUGUAAAUAUUCUGUAUUUCACUUAGCAAACUGCUGCCUCUUUUUGUGAAACUUUUGUAAAAUGCACCAUAUUGUAAUUGUGAUUGAUGAUUCGCACAGAUGAAAAAGAAAUGAUGUCUUCUUGUUCAAAAACAGCACAAAUAAACUUUAUUUCUUUUAUAAAAACCCCAACAAA